AACUGCCAUGCGUUUGAAUAUGGCGAGCAAGGAAGGACAUCCGGGUCAGUUGCUGGUUGGUAUGAAACUUCGCUCUCCUAAUAUAUUUCUAUAUUUCACGUGCGUACGCAGGAACAGAUGUUGGCGCAUUGUUCCUGCAGGAUUGACAGUGGACCUCCUUUGCGUACCCCCCUUCUUUUUUUAUUUUCCGUCUUUUGGUACCCCACUCUCUGUUUCCCCUUUUCCAAGGUUUGGCAAGACGACAGCAUCUGCAAAAAUGCUGUGCGACAAGGUGCAGUAGCUGCAGCAGAUAUUGUCCGAGACAGCUGCAUACUGCAAGACAAGAAAGCAUCACCUUCGUCGUUGAUGGCUGUUAACAGCAUUGGGCUCGCCCGACCCCAUGACAUGGCUUCUUAUGAUGGGAACCUGUCGCUCCGAGUGGUGGCGAUUCGCCGGGACACUGGCAGGGAUCCAUUUUCAAUGGAGCAUCUGGACAUCUGGACGCGGGGGAACUCGAUUCUCGAUUCGUUCUUUGUUGGCAGUCUCGACCGCCUCGCCCCCACCAAGACGUUGUUUCUCUCAGGAACAAUAGUGACAAGGUUGCCCGUCGUGCCUGCAGCCUACUCUCUUCUGCAGCACCGAGGCACGUCAGCACUCCCAUUGGACCGUGGAAGAAACAUCGGAAACAUCGCCCAUCUCUACUGCGGAGUACUGUGUAGCAAUGUUUCAUCCCUACCCUCCACACCUCGCUCGUUUCCCAAUCAGGAUGAGCCACAACGACCCUUGACGCCUUAUCUUGGCUCCCGUCUCUUCCACCAUCCCUUCUUUUCUUUUCUCGGAACCCUGUCCCGCCAUGUUGGUGGUGCCGUGGUGGGUAGCAACUAUCAGAUGCUUCUUGGCAGGGUCCUUCCAUCCUCGCCUGGACUCCUUCUGCCCAGCCAAAGAGCCCGGGCUACCUAUGCCAUUGUAUUUGUAUAUAUCAGUGUAAGCCUCGCGAGCUUCGCUGUUGGCCUGCCCUUCUCCUUUACCCUUCAUCCUGUAGCCCAAGCCUCGUUUCCCUUCUGUUCUCUUCGCACUACAUUCCUUUGAUUAUUAUUAUCCUGCCCGGUUUUGAACAGCCGCUUGACAUUCCUUUUCUGGAUAUAACCCUUUUUAACCCAUCCUCGACUCGACCUUGCUGGUUAAGGAGAUAGCUAGUCUA